UCCCCGCCCUCAGCCGCCGCGGCGACGCCGGCCCUCUUUGUACCGCCGGCCGGUCAGCACGCUGUUUGCCGCCUCGCUUCUCCGCAGCGCUGCCCGCCCGGCUUCGACCGCGGCCGGGAGCCGCCUCUGGGUGGAGGCGCGGGUCGGCCCGCCCCUGCCCGUGUUCUGCUGCGGGGCUUCCCCGUUUCCUGCCCCGCCGGUCCCAGGGCUUGCCGGCCCUGCCCCUGUGCCGCCCGUUCGGCUUGCUGUCCUUCCGCGCGGUGCUCGCGUUCCCGAGCCGCCGGCUGCGUCCUCCCCGGCGGCGGGCAUGGCGCCGUUGACCGCGCCCGUACGCGUCUGAGGCGGCGGGGGUGGCGAGGACGAGGCGAGAUGAGGCGCCUGCAGCCCGGAGCCGCGUUGCUGCUGUCGCUGCUAUGGGAGUGUACAGAGGCCAAAAAGCAUUGCUGGUACUUUGAAGGGUUAUAUCCUACCUAUUAUAUAUGUCGCUCCUAUGAGGACUGCUGUGGUUCGAGAUGCUGUGUAAGAGCCCUCUCUAUCCAGCGACUAUGGUAUUUUUGGUUCCUUUUGAUGAUGGGAGUUUUGUUCUGUUGUGGAGCUGGUUUCUUUAUCCGAAGACGGAUGUACCCUCCUCCACUUGUAGAAGAACCUACUUUUAAUGUGUCUUACACCAGACAACCAGUCAACACUGCAUCAGGGUCACAGCAACCUGGAGUGCCAUAUUACACAGACCCAGGCGGACCUGUGAUGAAUCCCAUGGCGAUGGCUUUCCAUGUCCAGCCCAAUUCCCCCCAAGGAAACCCGGUUUACCCUCCUCCACCUUCCUACUGCAACACACCACCUCCUCCGUAUGAGCAGGUGGUGAAAUCCUCCACAUGAGGACUCUGUGGCUCUGACCUGACUCUGGGAGAAGAAGGUGCCAUUGCAAAACAACCAGGAUGGUGGGCAUCUGCCCCUUUGAACAUUUGCUAGCUUUCCAUGUCCUCUCUCCCUUCCUAUCUUGCACCUUUCCUCAUUAAAUUUCCUUGCAAAGGGGUGAUUUUUUUGCAGUAGAAGUGGAUUUUUUCUUUGUCUUUAAAAUGAAAUAAGUUGUCUUUGUAAUGCUUUUAAUGGAAAUCUAUAUUUAAAACCUG